CUAGGCUAUUGUCAAUAAUGGCACAUCUGGAAGAAUUCUAUGAGAACACUGAGAUCUUUGUCACGGGCGGUUCGGGUGUCGUGGGCAAGGCUCUGAUCGAGAAACUGCUCCGUUCCUGCAAUGUGAAACGGAUCUAUGUCCUACUCCGCUCGAAGAAACAAUUAAGCGCCGAGCAGCGUAUGGAGAAACUGCGCCAGGCGAACAUAUUUCAAGUGUUGCGCAUGCAGAAACCCAAUGAGGUUAACAAACUGAUUGCAAUACCGGGCGAUGUAUCCCUGCCACGUCUGGGCAUCUCACCCGAUGACCAUCGCCAGCUGAAGGAUGUCUCCAUAGUGUUCCAUUGUGCCGCCACCGUGCGCUUCGAUGAGCCACUCCGUGUGGCACUUCAGCUCAACGUUGGUGGCACCCUUGCGGCUCUACAAUUUGCCGAGCAACUGCAUCAACUGCGCAUCUUUGUGCAUGUAUCCACCUUCUUCAGCCAACCCUAUCUGAAGCGUGUAGAGCCCAAGUACUAUAACUCACCCAUGGACUGGCGACUCUGUUUGCGAUUAUUGAACGAGAUUAAGGACGAUGGAUUGCUCGAUGCGCUGACCUCUAAAAUGACCGUGGGAUUUCCCAACACGUACACCUUUACCAAAAACGUGGGCGAGUCUCUGGUCAACGAUUAUCACAAGCGCCUGCCCGUACUUGUCUAUCGUCCUUCCAUAGUGCUCUUUGCUGUACGUGAACCUUUGCCGGGCUAUGCACCCUCCCUGAUGGGUGCUAUGGGUCUCUUUUCGCUGGUGGGUGCUGGAUUGCUCAAGACCGUCUACAUAGGUCGUGACAUUCACUUGGACAUAACGCCACAGGAUAUGGGCAUCAAGGGAUUGUGCUACUAUGCCAAAGCUGGCUAUGAGGCCUAUCGCAACGGUCCGCCUAAGGAGUUGCUGGUAUAUCAGACAUCCUCCAAGACCCACAUACCUCACACCUUUAUCCAAAUGGCGGAACGUAUGGACAAAAUGAAUCUAUGGUAUUCUGGAGCAUUCCUUAAAAAUCUCAUGGUGCCCGGCUGUCACUAUACAGAAAAUCGUUUCGCCUACAAGUUCCUGGUCUUCACCAAGCAGAUAAUACCCGCUUUGAUUGUUGACCUCCUAUUGAUGCUCUUCGGACGUCCACCCGCAAUCAUGGGCAUCAUGAGAAAAAGUUAUCACACGCUCGAGGUAAUGAAACCGUUUAUGUUCAACAAUUAUGACAGUCCCGGGACAACAGAAAUCGCUGAUAUUAUUAGGCUAAACAGAGACACAGAGUUUGAUGUGUGGGAUGAAUAUGAAUAUGCUGAUUCCGAAGAACGUUUAGUCUCCGCCUGUCGGAAUAUGUUGGUUAGCAUUCGACGGGACCUGCUCAAGGAGGAUCCGAGCACUUUGCGCCGAGCUCAGAUAAUUAUGCGCAUCAAGCAAAGCUUAUACGCUGCAUUCCGCCUCUAUUUGCUCUACAAGCUUCUGAGCUGGCUCUGGUAUCGCUAUCUGCUCUAAAUAUAUUUUAUAUAUCGGCUUCGGUUUAUCGGAGAAAUGGUUUUUUUUUUUUUUUGCUAAAUUCUAAGUAUUUCUUACGAAAACCCCAAUAAAUGAUACAAAACCUA